CUUUGGAAAGCUAAGAUAUUGAAAUCCGCCAAGAUCUUGAAUUCAAGAUUUUGGAAAACUAAAAUCUUGAAAUCAGUCAAAAUCUUGAAUUCAGGAUUUUGGAAAGCUAAAUUCUUGAAAUCGGUCAAAAUCUUGAAUUCAGGAUUUUGGAAAGCUAAAAUCUUCAAAUCAUCCAAAAUAUUGAAUUCAGAAUUUUGGAAAGCUAAAAUCUUGAAUCAACGAUUUUGGAAAGCUAAGAUCUCUAAAACGGCUAAAAUCUUUAAUUCAGCAUUUUGGAAAGCUAAAAUCUUGAAAUCGGCCGAAGUCUUCAAUUUACGAUUUUGGAAAGCUAAGAAUUUGAAAUCGGCAAAAAUGUUGAAUUUAGGAUUUUGAAAAGCUUUAGUCUUGAAAUCGAUCAAAAUCUUGAAUUCAGCAUUUUGGAAAGCAAAAAUCUCGAAAUCUGCAAAAAUCUUGAAUUCAGGAUUUUGUAACCCUAAAAUCUUGAAAUCGGCAUAAUCUUCAAUCCAGGAUUUCGGAAAGCUAAAAUCUUAAAAUCCGCCAAAAUCUUAAAUUCAGGAUUUUGGAAAGCUAAAAUCUUGAAAUCGGUCAAAAUCUUGAAUUCAGGAUUUUGAAAAGGUAAGAUCUUGAAAUCGGUCAAAAUCUUGAAUUCUGGAUUUUGGAAUGCUAAGAUCUUGAAAUCGGUUCAAAUCUUUUAUUCAGGUUUUUGGAAAGCUGCGAUCUUGAAAUCGGCCAAAAUCUUGAAUUCUUCAUUUUUGAAAGGUAAAAUCUUGAAAUCGGUCAAAAUAUUAAAUUCAGGAUUUUGGAAUGCUACAAUCUUCAAAUCGUUUAAUAUCUUGAAUUCAGGAAUUUGGAAAGCUGAGAUCUUGAAAUCGGCCAAGAUCUUGAAUUCAGGAGUUUGGAAAGCUAAAAUCUUGAAAUCGGUCACAAUCUUGAAUUCAGGAUUUUAGAAAGCUAAAAUCUUAAAAUCGGUCAAAAUCUUGAAUUCAGGAUUUUCGAAAGUUAAAAUCUUGAAAUCGGCCAAAAUCUUCAAUUCAGGAUUUUUGUAAGCUAAAAUCUUGAAAUCGGCCAGAAUCUUGAAAUCGGUCAUAUUCUUGAAUUCAGGAUUUUGGAAAGCUAAAAUCUUGAAAUCGGUCAAAAUCUUGAAUUCAGGAUUUUGGAAUGCUAAAAUCUUGAAAUUGGUCAAAAUUUUGAAUUGAGGAUUUUGGAAUGCUAAAAUCUUGAAAUCGGUCAAAAUCUUGAAUUCAGGAUUUUGGAAAGCUAAAAUCUUGAAAUCGGCCAAAAUCUGGAAUUCAGGAUUUUAGAAAGGUAAAAUCUUAAAAUUGGUCAAAAUCUUGAAUUCAGGAUUUUUGAAUGCUAAGAUCUUGAAAUCAGCCAAAAUAUUGAAUUCAUCAUUUUUGAAUGCCAAAAUUUUGAAAUCGGUCAAAAUCUUGACUUCAGGAUUUUUGAAAGGUAAAAACUUGAAAUCGGUCAAAAUCUUGAAUUCAGGAUUUUGGAAAGCUAAAAUCUUGAAAUCGGUCUAAAUCUUGAAUUCAGGAUUUUGGAAAGCUCAGAUUUUGAAAUCGGUCAAAAUCUUGAAUUCAGGAUUUUGGAAAGCUAACAUCUUGAAAUCGGUCAAAAUUUUUAAUUCAGGAUUUUGGAAAGAUAAGAUCUUGAAAGCCACCAAAAUCUUGAAUUGAGGAAUUUGGAAGGCUAAGAUCAUGAAAUCGGCCAAAAUCUUGAAUUCAGGAUUUUGGAAAGCUAAAAACUUGAAAUCGGCCAAAAUCUUGAAUUCAGGAUUUUGGAAAGCUAAGAUCUUGAAAUCGGCCAAAAUCUUGAAUUGA